AUGGACGACAACCUCGAGAAGCCAACCGCAGCCCCGCUGCCAUCAAAGCCAGAAGAUCGGGAAGAGGACGAGCAGUCGUCUGGCGAGGAAGAGGACCAGGGCCCGGAUUGGACCAAACUGCCGUCGAGCUCCGCUGCGCGACCUGUUAUUCCGAAGAGAGGAGAGAAGGAUUUUGAGCCCAACGCGACUGGGGGGUCCGGCCUGCAACGACAUGUCUUGGAUCGCGCGCGCAACGCGAUGCUGGACGCGCUUUCUGCGCCGCGGACGAUCUCGAGCAAGUCCAUCAGCUAUGCCAUAUGGCACCCGGACAUUGCACGGGCGCAUGUAACCGUAGCGCGAGGCGUCCACUUCGGCACUAUGGGCCAUUCUGUUGCUAGGGCAUCCUCCACACAAAAUGACACCAAAAAGCUACAGAAAAGGCUUGAGUUGCUCCCUGAAGAAGCUAUCUAUCUCGUCGAGCGGGGCGCUAUGCUCUGUUGGAAGGCGUCCAAUUUGCCUCUUUCAGAGACUCCAGGCCUGGAAGAGAUCGAUGGCGUUCCCAUGUCUGUGCAGCAAGCGUUUUCUGAGAUGAUAGGCAGAGACAAUCUUACGCUCGAAAAAUACCAGGUUUUUUCCUACCUGAGACGGCUGGGUUACGCUGUGACGCGUGCUAGGCCACCAACUCCAGAUUAUCCGACUCCACUCCCCUCUUCUACACAAUUCUCACCAUCUCGUUCUUUCUUCGCGCGACUAUGGUCAACGGUACAAUCUGCGUUUCGCAGAGUCGCGCGAAUAUUCACGCGGGCUUUUGACUGGUGGAGACCACUGCGGUUGGGCAAUUGGGUGCACCAUGGUUUCAACAACAGCUCGCUUUUUAAGUCUCUCCGCUUCUUACCUGCAGGACACCAUGUACCUCUCCACAUUAAGCAGAAGCCAAAUGCAGGGCCUUCGCCUUACGAAAUCUUCUACAAUGUCUAUAAGCCGUCGACGCCGUUUAAGAAGACAGCACCUCCACCACCAGACUACUCGGUAGUAGUCGUUGAUGCACGCACCACAUCCGUACCCUCACUCGUGGAGCUUACCGCUUUGUUUGGCAUCCUCCCGGAACUUCCUCCCCCUAUUCCUCGUAAACGUCUAUCGUACGCGCAGCAGAAAUCGGCUGCUACAACAAUGCCCCCUCAGGCCCCUCUUCCCGUUUCUAAUUUGACUCUUGCACAAAAACUAUUUCAGUGGGCAUUUACACCACCGUCGCCACAAAAUCCUCAGCCGCCGAGAGGUACGAAUCCCUUCAUUGCCUUGAAGACCGGCAAGAAGAUGGUUGUCAUAGCUGCCGUAGACGCUGGCAUGAUUAGCUUUUUCAGGUUUGGCGAAGGGGUCUUUACAGAAUGGCCAAUGGUAUAG